AUGGAAAAUCAGUUAGAAGUAGAAGAAAUAACGAAUAGCGAUUGUGACGUUAAGUUUCAUGAUUUUGUGACAAAAGUCGGUGACUUGUCAAUCUCAUGUCAUGUAAUUAAAAUGGAAAAUUCCCUCUAUCUGUGGGUAGGUGAUUAUAAUGAGAAUGCCAUGAAUGAUUUGUCAUUCGCAAUUAAAUCACCAUACGAAAAGGAACCACUUACAACGAAGAUUAUGGGAUCAAUUGCCAAUGAAUUUUCAACCAGUCUUGCCAAGAGACUUUCAAAGAAACUUUCAAUAGCUGUUUAUGUCAGCUUUAACGUUCAGGUUGAUAACCUAUCUCUACCUGCAAUUGAGAGGAGGUUACGAGAUGAAUUUAACUCACAUCCUGAGAUUUUCUGA